GGUGCCGGCGGGCUCGGCCCGCGCACGAGGCGGCGGCGGGCCCGCCAUGAACCGCGGCGGGGCGGGGGCGGCGCCCGCCUUCCCCGGCCCCGUGCAGUUCCCCGGCAGCACCACGGUGCUGGUGGAGCUGACACCUGAUAUCCACAUCUGCGGCAUCUGCAAGCAGCAGUUCAACAACCUGGACGCCUUCGUGGGGCACAAGCAGAGCGGCUGCCAGCUCACCAGUGCCACCGCCGGCGCCACCAGCACCGUCCAGUUCGUGUCCGAGGAGACUGUGCCGAGCACACAGGCUCAGAGCAGCAGCAGGACCAUCGCCUCCGAGACACAAACCAUCACAGUCUCUGCCCCAGAGUUUGUUUUUGAGCAUGGCUACCAAACCUACCUGCCCAGCGAGAGCACGGAGCCUCCAGCUGCUGCUGUCGUCUCCACACCACCAAAAGCAAGGUCCAAGAAAUCCUCCUCCUCCCUGCCCCUGAAGAAACUCAGCUGCCUGUACCCAGGGUGCCAGUUCAAGACUUCCUAUGGUAUGAAGGAUCUGGAACGUCAUCGGCGAACGCACACAGGAGACAAGCCCCACAAGUGCGAGGUGUGCAGCAAGUGCUUCAGCCGCAAGGACAAGCUGAAGAUGCACAUGCGCUCGCACACGGGCGUGAAGCCCUACAAGUGCAAGCACUGCGAGUACGCGGCGGCCGACAGCAGCAGCCUCAACAAGCACCAGCGCAUCCACUCCAACGAGCGCCCCUUCAAGUGCCAGAUCUGCCCCUACGCCAGCCGCAACUCCAGCCAGCUCACCGUGCACCUGCGCUCGCACACAGGGGAUGCCCCUUUCCAGUGCCAGCUGUGCCCCGCCAAGUUCAAGAUCAACUCGGACCUGAAGCGGCACCUGCGGGUGCACUCGGGGGAGAAGCCCUACAAGUGCGAGUUCUGCGAGGUGCGCUGCGCCAUGAAGGGCAACCUGAAAUCCCACAUGCGCAUCAAGCACAGCACGGAGAACACCCUCAAGUGCCCCGAGUGCGACUUCCAGUGCGGCAACAAGACCAGCCUGCGGCACCACAUCCGCAGCCACCAGCCCGAGCAGCCCGUCAAGUGCUCCGAGUGCAGCUACUCGUGCUCCUCCAAGGCGGCCCUCAAGGUGCACGAGCGCAUCCACGGCAAGGAGCGGCCCUUCAAGUGCGACCUGUGCAGCUUCGACACCAAGCAGCGCAGCAACCUCACCACCCACGUCCGCAAGGCCCACGGCGACAGGGCCAAGGGCGGCAAGCGCUCGCCGGACAAGAAGGAAGGGGAGAGGCCGAAGCAGGGCGGCUCCAGGCAGGUCGCCAAGCUGGACGCCAAGAAGGCCUUUAAGUGCGACCUGUGCGACGCGUCCUUCGUGCGGGAGGACUCCCUGCGCAGCCACAAGAAGCAGCACAGCCUGUACAGCAGCUCCAAGAACGGCGAGCUGGCCGUGCUGCAGCUCCAGAUGGAUCCCGGCCGCCAGCCGGGCGCCCCCAUCACCGUCAGCCACCUCCAGGUGCCGCUUCAGGCCGCUCAGGUGGCCCCGUACAACGAGGGCAGAGUCAAGAUCAUCGUGGGCCACCAGGUGCCUCCCCAGGCCAACAGCAUCGUGCAGGCGGCCUCGGUGAACGUGGUGCCACCAGGGCUGCUGGGCGCGGGCCAGGAGGAGGUGCUGGGCGGCGGCCGCCUGCAGCUGCUGGGCCAGGUCAGCGUGCUGGCCCCGGCCACAGGCAGCACGGGGGACACGGGGGCAGAGCCGGCCGUGCUGCUGACCGCCCACGAGCAGGGCGAGGGCAGCGCCCUGCACCAGGCCCUGCUCCCCGGGGCCGCCCCCGGCCACGAGCCCCCUGCCGGCCAGGCCUUCAUCGCCGGCUCCGGCAUCAGCUGCUCCGACCUGGAGGGGCUCAACGCCCUCAUCCAGACGGCCACGAGGGACUUCACGAUGGCGGAGAGCUCACCGUAG